AUGAUAACUCAUGUGCGUCAAUUUGAGUCUCAUGGUUAUAUAGUCAAAAAUGAUAAAAUUUGCUACAAAGAGAAUGAUGGGAUUUUAUCUAAUAUUGUUUAUGGGUAUAGCACAUUGUUUGCUUAUUAUUUGGAGAAUGAAAAAGGAAAUAUUAGUCAAGAUAGCUUAAAAGAAAAUAUUUUCAUUGGAAUUAAAUGUGGAAUGUUCUCAUUUGCAGAAAUACCUCAUAAAUAUAAUUAUAUUAUGGGAGUCACUGGAACUUUAGAAGAUUUAGGGGCCUAUGAAAAAAAUAUUAUAGAGAGUGAAUAUAGAAUAAAAUUAAAAACGCUAAUGCCAUCAGUAUUUGGGGAAAGCAAUAGAAAAUAUUGUACCAAUGAGGAUAUUUAUGUGGAAAACAAGCACAGUUACUAUAAUAAGAUACUAGAAGAAAUAAAUAUUCGAAUAGAAGGCAAAAAACCAGGUUGCAAAAGAGCUGUAUUGGUAUUUUUUGAAGAAGAAGCAAAAUUAAUACAUUUCUAUAAUAAUUCGAACUUAAGGAACACUGACUAUGACAUACAGUUGAUGACAGAGAGUUUAUCGGUAGAAGAUAGAGGUAUGAUCAUUAAAAAAGCCACAGUUCCAAAUACUGUGUCAUUAUUGACAAGAGCUUAUGGCAGAGGAAUUGAUUUUAAAUGUUACAAUCAUGAAGUUGAGACCAAUGGAGGAGUUCAUGUAAUCCAAGUAUUUUUAUCAGAAAAUAUAUCAGAAGAAACUCAAAUUAAGGGUAGAUCUGCAAGACAAGGGCAAGAAGGAUCGUAUAGUAUAAUACUUUUAGAUGAUGACCUAGAAAAAUUCCAAAUCAUGAAUGAAGACAUUGAAGGAAUGAAAAAAAAUAGAAGAGAAUUUUAUGAGUCUUUGAAUAGCAAAAGAAAUAAUUUUAAUCAAAUCAAGAAUGUCAAUGAAUCAAACUAUGUGAAACAAUCAAAAAUUUUUCAUGAUGAGACAAUAAAAUUUUUGAAGAAAAUCAUAUAUAGGGAUCUCAAAUUCUCUAAAGCAUAUUUGUGAGAGUUGAAUAAAGGUCGCAGCAUCAAUUUAGGGAUAUCGAAAACAAUUGUUUUAAUGGAUGCAACUGGAUCUAUGUCUCAUUUAUUGCAAAGUGUCAAAAAUACAGUGAAAAUUAUGUUUUGACGCAUGUGCGCAGUGCUUUCAAAUACAGGAAUAAGCCCUGAGUGCUUCCAAUUGCAGUAUUGUGUGUAUAGAAAUUAUAGUUCUACUGAAGAUAAAAUCCUCCAAGUUUCACCAUGAACAAAUAAUCCAGAUAUUCUUGAAAGGUUUAUGGCAAAUGUACAACCAGAAGGAGGUUGGGGAAACGAAGCAAUAGAGGUUGGAUUAUGGCACGUAAAUAACGUUUUAAAAAAUGAUACAAUUUCACAAGUUAUUUUAAUCGGUGAUAUGCCUCCAAAUACAGUUGAUGAUAUUCAGGAAAAACGAGGCAAAUAUAUUUCGUAUUGAAAUCAAUCUAAAUUUAGAGCUGUUGAACACUAUAAGCAGGAGUUGGCAACAAUCAUAGAUAAGAAAGUCCCAAUAAAUGCAUUUUAUGUAAAAAAUAACGCCAAAGAAGCUUUUGAAGAAAUUGCAGCUUUAGCAAAAGGACAAAGUGGAUUUCUUGAUAUUAAUUCAAUUUCAGGGGCUGAAAGACUAACUGAUUUGGUUUCUACUGACUCUUUCAACAAUAAGUAAAAUGUUUUCUCAUUAUUGGGAGUUUUAGCACAAAAGCUACAAAUAGUAAAUUUUGCUUAUUAUGGGGGAGUGAGAUUUUAAGGAAAGUAGCUGGAGAAGAAGCAGCCAAUCUUUAUAAAGAAAUGUACCCACCUUCAUAUAUAAGACUUUUGCACGAAUACUCUAAUAAGCAAUUAAUAAUUUAAAUGAAAAUUAUAUGUGAAUAAUAUUAUACUUAA